AUGUUUGGUUCCGGUAAAUUGAACUUAGUUGAACGUCCUGGCUUAGGCCGUAUUGGUCGUCCUAUACGAAUUAGAGCAAACUUUUUCGAAAUAAACUCUACAGAUGACGUAAAUAUUCACCACUAUGACGUUAUAAUUGCUCCGGAAGUUCCUCCGACUCUGAAUAGGAGAAUUUUUACCCAGUUUGAAGCCCUGCAUGCUGAUGAUGUAAAACCAGUAUUCGAUGGUCGUAGAAAUAUUUUUACUGCUAGACCGUUACCUUUUGGUUAUACGGACACUUUUGAUAUACGUCUUCCAGAGGAUGCCGGUUCUUCAACAACUCGACAUCCACGUGCUUUUAAGCUCAUCAUUAGGAAGGUCGCUGUAAUUAAUACGUAUGAACUUCAUAGCUUCCUUGAUGGACAAUGCAUAUUAUCAUCGAAUAUUUUAACAGUUGGUAGAUCAUUUUACACCAAUCAAAUCUCACAAGCUUGUUCUGGUGGUUUAGAAAUUUGGCAAGGAUAUCGUCAAUCCGUCAGGACUACACCUGGAAGAAUGAUGAUAAAUGUUGAUGUAAGCUCUACUGCUUUUUAUGAAAGUUGCGAGUUAGUACAUAUGGUCGCAAAGAUACUCGGUCGUAAUCUUGGUGAUCUAAGAAGAGGAAUAGUUGAUAGAGAUCGGUUAAAACUUGAAAAAGUUUUAAAGUAUUUAAAGAUUCGUGUUACCCAUCGUGGAGAUAAUUCCGAGCGCACGUAUAAGAUUAUUAAAUUAACUAAUACCCCGGCAUCAAAUACUAAAUUUGAAGUUGAUGGUACUAGAACAGAUGUUGCUUCAUACUUUCAAAAUACUUACAACGAACCUCUACAAUAUCCAUUCCUUCCUUGCGUCGUCGUCCGAAGGGAUGUAUAUUUACCAUUGGAAGUAUGUAAAGUAGUUGAGGGACAACAUCAUAUUCGCAAAUUGAACGAAAGGCAGGCAGCUGAUAUGAUUAAAUUUUCUUGUCAGCAACCCCAUGUCCGUGCAAAUAAAAUUUCUCAAGGAUUAGAAAUUCUUGGUUAUAGACUAAAUGAUUGUAUGAGGCAAUUUGGUUUGGUAGAACCUGAAGAAAUGGCUGUAGUUCCAGCCAGAGUAUUGCCUGCUCCAAAAAUACGAUAUCACCCUUCUUCUCGUAAUGCCGCCUUUGUUCCAAAAAAAGGGUCAUGGAAUUUACGCGAUAAAAAAGUUGCUACUGGGGCCACACUUAGUUCAUGGUCAUGCGUUGUUUUCGGAAAUUUCGAAAUGCAAGUCGUACAAUAUUUUAUCAGAGAAUUGGUUAACGUAUGUCUGGAUACUGGAAUGAAUAUCCCGACUAAGAAUCCACCAAUUUUCCAAGGUAAUCCUCAAGGUAAUAUUGAACAGAUGUUGAGGCAAGCCUGGGUUAAAGCUGGCAAUAUGACCAGAUCAACACCUCAGUUAAUUUUAUGCAUUCUUCCUAACACCGGUGUACCAUUGUAUGCUGAAAUUAAACGUGUGAGUGAUACAGUAAUUGGUGUUGCUACUCAAUGCGUUCAAUCUAGACAUAUUUUUCAAGCAAAAAAACAAUAUUGCGCUAACCUAUGUCUCAAAAUGAACGUAAAACUUGGUGGUAUGAAUUCAUACAUUGAACCAAGUUGUAUACAGUUUAUUACGCAACGCCCGACCAUCGUAAUGGGUGCAAGCGUCACACAUCCUGCUCCUGGUGGUGAUGAGUCUCGCCCAUCCAUCGCUGCUCUAUGCGCUUCAAUGGAUGCAAAAGCAUCUCGCUAUGCCGCCUCUGUUCGUGUUCAAGCAGGUAGACAAAAUAUUAUCUCUGACUUGUCUGGUAUGGUAAAGGAGCUAUUGAAAACCUUCUACCAGACAUGUGGAAGGAAACCAGAAAGUGUUUUGUUCUAUCAAAACGGUGUCUCUGACUACAAAUUUGAACAAGUGCUUGAUUUUGAAAUUGAAGCUAUAAGAACUGCAUGUGCAUCACUUGAUGCGAAUUAUAAACCGUCCAUAACUUUUGUGGUUGUAAAUACACGUCAUCACACUCGUCUUUUCCCUAUGGAUAAGAAAGAUUCAGAUAGGACAGGAAACUGUCUGAUUGGUACAGUUGUAGAUUCAACAAUAACGCACCCUUUCGAAUUUGACUUUUAUCUUCAGAGCCACACAGCAACACAAGGGACUUCGCGUCCAACACAUUAUCACGUAUUGUGUGAUGAAAACCGAUUCAAUGCCGAUUCAAUUCAAACUUUAUCAUACAAUUUAUGUUAUUCAUUUGCGCGAUGUACACGUGCAGUUUCUAUUGUUCCACCAGUAUAUUACGCGCAUUUAGUUUGUUCUAGGGCCAGAUUUCAUUCGCGAAAUGAAAAUUGGAGCGAUCAAGAUCCAGAAAGUGGGGUUCCUGUAUCAUCUUAUGGUAUGGUGAAACCUGAUUUACAAAAAGUUAUGUACUUUAUAUAG